GAAGUCUGGCGCUGCGCAUAGCAUUCGUGCCACCGGGAAAAGACAAUAUCACCCGCGCGCUGUAUAGAGACACACAGGCACGAGAGCUCAAGGAGUCUACUGAUAGAAGAGACUGAUACAAGUGGAUAAGGAAACAGGAUCGCACGACAAUAAGGAUCAGCUGAUUUCCUCAUAUUUGGAUAUUAUUGCUGAACAAUCGUUAAUGCGUAUCGCUCAGCACUCCCUCGUGUGAGGGUGUAGAAUGGAAACAACCUUCUACCCAGGCUCCGUGAACACUCCGAGGGUCCCCAGCAUCUAUUCCCACAGCACGAUGAUGAAGAAGGACAUUAAUCUAAACCUGGACGACCACAAAUCCAACCCUCUCCGGGACACUGACGGACUCCUUAACUCUCCAGACUUAGGACUGUUGAAACUAACCACCCCGGACCUGGAGCGCCUUAUCAUCCAGUCCAACGGUCUGGUCACCACCGCCAACCCGUCCUCCCAGUUCCUCUACCCGAAGUCGGCCAGUGACGAGCAGGAGUUCGCGGAGGGUUUCGUGAAGGCGCUGGAGGAUCUCCACAAGCAGAACCAGCUGAGCGAGGCUGGCUGCGUGGACAGACUGGAGCUCCUCGGAGUCGCCAACUCAAUGGGGAGCGGGCUUCAGACUUCAGACCUCCCUGUUUACACUACUUUGAACGGCUAUGCUUCCAGUCCGCUCGGAACCACCAUCAACUACUCUACGGACACCAUCCCCUUCCCGCCGCCCCCGUCUCAUCUGGCCAGCGUGCAGCAGCAGCAGGCCGCGGCUGUGCUGUCCCGACUCCAGUCCGCCGGGCUGGUGAAGGACGAGCCGCAGACUGUGCCAGAUAUGCAGAGCUUCGGGGACAGCCCCCCUCUGUCUCCCAUCGACAUGGACAACCAGGAGCGCAUCAAGGCGGAGAGGAAAAAGCUAAGGAACAGGGUAGCCGCCUCCAAGUGCCGCAAGAGAAAACUGGAGAGGAUUUCUCGGCUGGAGGACAAGGUCAAGAACCUGAAAACGCAAAACACCGAGCUGGCAUCCACAGCCGGCGUCCUCAGGGAUCAAGUGGCUCAGCUGAAGCAGAAGGUGAUGAACCAUGUCAGCAGUGGGUGCCAGCUUUUACCAAACCAGGUCCAAGCUUACUAAAGCCUCUGUUUAUGCAGCUCUAAAUAUGCUCUGAGGAAGAAUACAGGCAUGAAUUAUGAGGAACAUUUGCCUUUUGUAACACAGAAUACUUAUCAGAGACUUGAUAUGAGGCCAUUGUAAAUGCACCCUCCAGAUAAAGCCUGUUACUGAGAAUCAAAACAGGCAUUUGCACUGCACAGUGAAUGAACUGGCCUUGAUGGGAGCUGAAAGUCUACUGGAAUAAUGACCAGCAGCAGGUGUGGGCUGCAGCCUGAAAUAUGGCAGUGUUUUACUGCUAACAGACUUAUUUUGUUGCCCUAAUGUUUUUUGGGAAGCCAUGUAGCAAAGUGCUGGACUGGUGCAGGAUAGGGUUUAUCUUUGUUUAAGCUGGACAAUCUCUACUAGAGUGCAACCAAACACCAGGGUGUCACCAAGUGCUGGCACCCACCGUGUAAUAUAAUGCCUUACUUGUUUACAAGCACUUAGCAAUGACAAAUAUAUAUAUUUUAUUUACUGAAACGUUUCUUAUUUUACAUAUGGUCUUACUUUGUUUAUUAUUUUUUUGCAAAAAGGAACACUGCAUGUCUUGUUGCUCUUGUGUACAGUACCCAUUGUAUUUUCUAUUUUGGUGGCUUCUUUGUAGUUCUUCAGGCGCCAAAACGUCCAUGAAUGUAUGUGUACGUGCUGAGAAACCCUAUAUAUAUAUACACAUGUGUAAAGGACAUUCAAGUCUCUACCUGACAUUUAUUAAAUUCACUACAUUACUAAAA